CUCUCUCGCUCCGGGCCGGGUGCUCCCGCCCCUUCCUCAGCGGAGACAACACGUGGCCGGGCCGGAACCUGAUCGAGCCCCGCCGGGGGGCGGAGGCAGUGUGGGUGGGUGGCCAGGAGGCGGCAGCAGAGGCUGGGUGCAGAGCCAGUGUCCCCCUCGGGUUACAUUUUAAUCAAACAAAAAUGGUUUUGAAGAAGAAGAAAGAAAUUCAAGUUGAUGCAUUCAUUCUUGAGUGCCAAGAGCUUGAAACACUUCGAUCAUUUGCAGAUGCUGAAGACCAAAAUCUGGCUUCUCUGCUGUUGCACUGUGUACAGCUGUCUGAUGGUAUCCAUCAAAUCUACUCUAUGAAACAGAUUGUGACAUUAUUGAAGAAGAUGGAUAGAAACUCUGCAUGUAGCCCCAUGAUUAAAUGCUGUUUGGAUAUUAUUGGAGUGAUGUAUUUUUCACUGGGCGCAAAGAAUCCCUUGAAAAAGAUGUUGGCAAGUUCACUAAAUGGCCUUCCUGAACAACUUACGACUGAAGCAGUGCACAGUUUUGUUCGUUGUCUUAAAGAGGAACUAAAAACUACAGACUUAUGCUUGUACCGAAAAGUAAUGGACAAUCUUGCUUCCUGUAUGGAAAACUUCAGCCUAGGUAAAGCAAGUAUUAACAAUUUAUUCAAAGAAGUUCUUCAGUUUCUUCAGAAGUCUGUCCUUGAAAUACAGGAGGAAAACAGGCAACUUAGUGGAAAUAGUAUUGUUGAAACUCGACUGAUGCAUGAUUUAUUGAUGGCCAUUAAAGUUUCAAUGAUGCUACUACAGAAAGUACAAGAAAAUUUUCAGGGAAGUCUUUGGAGGAAACCUGGUUCUCUUGUUUGGCAAAGUAUGUGUGGUUUACUGAAGAGCUUCACAAACUUUUUAAUGAAUGAAGGUCUCUUGCCUACUGUUCAGACUACCUCAGGAUUGGCUGUCAUUCUCUUUACUAAGACUAUGUUUGAGCCUGUUGAAAAGUUACCUUGUUUGGUCAGUGACUUGCUCCUCCGCUCAGUGAAAUGUGCUAGUGUACCAGAGUGGUUUGUGAGCAGCUGUGAGUGCCUCUGCACUGAAGAGCUCUCUGAUUCAGUCCUCCUCUCCCUUUGUCAUGGAGCGCUGGCCAUGUUAGAGUGGAAGAAUGGCAGUAUGAGUGAAAAUGGAGAGAAAUUACUCUUAGAUAUUGCAUUGGUUUUGUUAUCUUUGGCUUCACGAUUAAAAGAAUCCAAUAUGGCGGUAUCCUUAUCUAGAAUCUUAGCUAUUUGGACUAAUUCAGCAUUGGAUGUCCUUGAAUCAAGCUCCCAAAAUCUAAAGAGCAGUCUUAAUGGAAACUCCAACACAACUGGGAAACUGCUGGAAUAUGUGUAUACACAUUGGGAACAUCCUUUGGAUGCUGUUAGACACCAGGCCAAGUUGAUAUUCAAGAAUAUCCUGCGGAUACACCAAGCCACGCUUAAAGGAUCUGUUGUAAAAUCAGGCCCUUUCUUUUCAAUGUUGACAGAGAGCUUACUGAGUUUAGAAUGGCACGUUAAAGGGAAAUAUGCUUCACUUGGCUGUCUGGUGGAGUGUGUGGGUGUUGAAAAUAUUUUAACAGUGGACAGAACAAUCCCAGCGCAAAUCUUGGAUGUAAUGGGUGAUCAGUCUCUUGCACCUUAUGCAAGUGAUCUUUUGGAAACCAUGUUUAUAAAUCACAAGAGUCACCUAAUAUCUGCCUUUCAAAAAAACAUCUGGAUUAACCACUGGCAUGACACAUGGGUAUCUCCUCUUCUUUUAAUAUUGUGUGAAGGAAAUCCUGACCAAACUACUUAUGUAAUAGAUUACUAUUUACCAAAACUGCUGAAAUGUAGCCCUGACAGUCUGAGCUACAUGAUUAAAAUUCUUCAGGCUUCAGCUGAUGCUAAUAUUGGUUCUUGCAAUACAAGAGGUGCUCUUGGAGCCUUGAUGGCAUGCCUGAGAACAGCUAGAGCUCAUGGACAUUUACAGUUUAGAGAGAUCGUGAGGGAUGAUCUACUAUCAAUUGGAUGUGUAAAGCAAGGUUUAGUUCAUCAGCAUAAUCAGGUUCGCGUUGAUGCUUUAGGUUUGCUUUGUGAAACUCAUCGGAGCACAGAAAUCUUGACUAUGGAGGAGAUGCAGCUAAUUCAGUUUUUUAUUACAUACAAUUUGAACAGCCAGUCUCCUGCAGUGAGGCAGCAGAUUUGUUCCCUACUAAAAAAGUUGUUCUGCAGAAUACAAGAAAGUUCCCAGGUACUUUAUAAACUGGAGCAAAGUAAAACCAAACAAGAGUUAAUUAAAGAAUCAGCUAAAUGGGAUCAUUUUGCAACUUUACAGCAGUAUAAAGAUUUCAUGUCAUCUAUAUGUGACAAACUUUUUGAAGCUCUGUUUCCUGGCUCAUCCCAUCCAACCAGGUUUUCUUCAUUAACUAUUCUGGGAUCAAUAGCAGAAAUAUUUUCUGCUCCAGAAGGUCAGACGCAAGCAGUCUUUCGGUUGGCUCAAGAGAUUGAUCCUACUCGUGUUCAAAUGUUAAUCCAGUGUUUUGCCAGCACUUUCGAGGAAGUAAAAGUUUUAGCAUUUGAACUUCUUAUGAAACUAUAUGAUAGGUUAGAUUUACAGGAUUUUGAAAAUCUACAUCUCUUAUUUCAGGCAGCCAUGGAUCUUAGCAUAAGUACCAAACCCUAUGACUGUGUUACUGCCUCAUAUUUGCUGAAUUUUUUAAUACAUCAUAAAGGGCUACUGAAUGUCUGCUUAAAAAAUCAACAGGUUGCAGAUACAUUUCAGAUAGAUGAGGAUAUGUCUGCAAGCACCAUGGAAAAGAACACUUUAGCUGUAAUCAAAUAUUUGUUAUCAAACCUUGAGCGAGAAAUAUUCCAAGCUGAAAAGUCUCUGCUGCAAGCAGCAGCUUCGUUCCCAAUGUACGGGAGAGUACAUUGUAUAACUGGAGCUUUGCAGCAGUUACCUUUAAAUAACUUGACCUUGAUGACUGAAUGGAGGCAGAUGGUUACAAAGCUUAUUUUAAUGUCAUACAGACUUUCGUCUGUAGUAUCUCCUAUUGUCCAGAGUUCAUCACCAGAGGGCCUUAUUCCAAUGGAUAAUGAUUCAGAAACUGCAGGUCGGUUGCAGAUGAUCCUGCAUGAGAUACAGCCACGAGAUACAAAUGAUUAUUUCACUCAAGCAAAAAUAUUGAAAGAACACCACAGAGUAGACUUUGCAAAACUGACUGACGACGAGCCGGUUGAAAAUGUUUGCACAGAAAUUAGAGGUAAAGAAGGGCAAACAUGUGAUGUAACAGCUCAGAUGGUACUAGUAUGUUGCUGGAGAAGUAUGAAGGAGAUAUCCUUGCUUUUAGGGAUGCUGUGUAAACUUCUCCCUUUACAGACUGUGUCUGAAUCCUCUGAUGGGUUAAUAGCAGUAGAACAGGUUAAAGAUAUAGGAGACUACUUUAAACAUCAUCUUUUGCAGUCCAGGCAUAGAGGGGCAUUUGAAUUAGCUUACACUGGCUUUGUGAUGCUCACUGAAAUACUCUCCAGGAUUUUUCGUGUACCCCCUGAUGAGAACUCAUGUACCCCUACAGGUUUGAGUACCCCAGUUUGAAAAUCACCAAUUUAAAUCAAAGUGACUUAAAGCACUGAUUUUAAUCUUGUUUUGCAUUUGUAUUUUUUAGUUACUUUCCUGAAGUAAAGGUGAUUAUAAUUGGUUGGUAACCAAUAAAACAUAUUGAUUUGCAACUAAAUAUAGUUUUUACACUAAAUUAGGUAUUAAUUUUUGCUAUACAUGUUUUUAGCAGUUAUGCAGCUUGCCGUACAUUUAUUCAGAGUCUUAAUUUUUACAUUUUUUAACAUGUUAGAAAAUGGUGACUGAUGCGUUUACAAAAUGAUGUAUUUAUUUAUUUAUUCUUGUGAUGUGUCACACACUAUUUGGAUGGGAACUGGCAUUCAAUGACAAAUGUCCAAUGUUAAGCAGCAUUUAAAUUUUGUAUUAGUUAAAUAAAACCUGCCUUUAAAUGUGCUGGAUACAUAAGAAAAAUAUUAAUCUAAACAUGGUUUUCAUUUAAAAUUGUGUUAUACUUUCCUUCUUUAAUAAGUAGUUAGCGAAUUGAACUAAUUGUUUCAGGUGACCACGUUCAAAUUUUAGAACCAGUGGAGCUCAUCCUCACACCUAGUUUUUAUUUAUAGAUGGAAGAGGAAAGCAAGCUUUCUUGCAUUUUCGUCUCCAAAUUGGCUUCACAACUUUGAAUGAAUUAGUCAUUGAACUGAAAAGUUGAAUAAACUGAAAUGAAGAGAAUAUUUUCCUUGUAUGAGCAGAAAAAGCUACUGCAGUCAAAAGAUGGUUUAACACUUCAAUAAACUGAUUCCAUGUUGUUAGCCAAUGACUUCACUCAGUAGAGUGGUUUGACUUUCUUUAAAGCAUUGGUGACAAGCAUGCACUGUUUAAUUUUUUUUUAUUUAAUAGAUUAUAGUAAGUUAGGCCUUCACAUAGGAUGGUAGUUUAGAGGUGCACUACCUGCUUGAAAUGGAGCUGUGAAAAGGGGAGAGGGAAGAGAAGCAAUGUAGGGAAACCAUGCUGGUGCCCAGUCCUAGGGAGGGAUUGGGUAUCCAGGAGUCCUUCCUUUAACUGGCCCUUACAAAAGGUAGAGGACCUACUGUGACUGUUGCUUAGCUACGUGGCAUGCUAGUUCUUUUCUUUUCCUUUUCGUUUUUGCUGGGUAGGGAGGGAAUAAGACUGACAGAUUGUGUUUUUAAAUAUUUAGGUGGUGGUCAGAUACUACAGUGAUGGGGUCGAUAAGAACCUAGCGAGUUGGAAAUGGAACAGGGGACAGCAGUGGCGGUAGAAAUUUGAUGUAUUUUUAACACUUAAACUGAGGAAAUAUGAUGUUGGGGAUGGGAAAGAAAUAAAAUAAAAGUGGAAGGCUCUCUUCAGCCUUAACUUUCUUCCUUCCCCCCGCCCCCAUUUCCUGUCUUCUCUCUUAACGUUAGACUUCUUAUUUCAACCACCCAGCUAGUCAAAUGGGGCUAACAGGAGGCCACCCAGCUACUAAAAUGAGAGAAUAAUUAGGACUUGUGUUUUGGCAGCAGCAAAUCCUACAGGGUUAAUAUAAUUGCAGUUGUAUUAACAAAUGAUGAUCAGUUAUGGUUACAGGCUGUGUCAAGGCAAAUGUUUUAGUGCUUUUAAUAAUAAUAUAAAAUGGCAUUAAUGGAAAAACUAAUUUUAACUGUGAAAGCUACAUUUGGAACGGCUAUAUAAUGGUUAAGGAGUGGGUUUUAUUCUGGCUGACUAAAUUAUAUUUUGCUGAACUUUGGGCAGUGCCUGGGACUGAAGUAGACUUGAAGUUCUGCUCCUGCCCAAAAGUCCUUUCCUUGAGGCUGUUCCUGUAAUUUUGACGAAGUAUUUAUUUUUAGGGCUAUUUGCCCUGUGGGAGUGUUUUAUAGGGAAUGCCAGAUUGUAUAACUGCAGAGGAAAAAUACUUCAUGGCAAGAGUGCAGUUUAGACACUUGACAAAUAAGUCAGAGUACUGGUUAUGAAUUGUACCCUUGUUUUUUGCUGUCUUCACUAGCUGCAUGUUUUUUUUGUGUGUGUAUUUUACAUUUAGAAUUAUUUGAAUGUAUUUUAUUUUAAACUCUUUUAAGAGACCUAGCAUUAUAAAAGCUUUGCAAUACUGCUGCUCAGGUUUGCAGAAGCAUUUUAUUUAAUUCAUUUGUACUGAACAUACACUCAUUUCAUAAACUUUCAGGUGUGUUGUGUAUGACUAAGCUAUAGUUAAAAUCAGCAUUAGCCAGAUAGUGCCACCUUCAGUCUACAUCCAGUCCCCAAGGUGAUUUCAUAUUGCACAAAGGCACUAUAAUGAAGACAAACCAGCUACUUACCUAACCAAUUCCUUUAAACAUUAGACUCCUUCAUAAAUGGCCUGCCUCAGGCAGAGGGAUGAGUACACACAUGGGCCUUACGUAACACUCUGAAGGUCAGUAAAAUCAGGCUGUGAUGAAUAGAUUAGAGAAGUAAAGUUCCAGAGGGCAGUAUCCUCCAUUAAGAACACUCUGACUAGGACACUGUUUCUCAAAUGCGGCUACUGUGGCUACAUGCAGCCACCAGGGGGUUUCCCUGCGGCCACGGCAGUUUCCUGGGCAGCAUCAGCCCCUCCGCUUCCUCCCUGUUACUCCUGCAUGUGUUGCCUCUCUGGAGAUACAGGUGGGGGACACAGUGCUUAAGGAGCAAGAUGAGGGGGUGAGAAGGCUAGCAGUGGGCAGGGGGAAGGAGGCGAGCGGCAAGGUGAGUGGCAGGGGGCCCUGGCGGGGGGAGUAAGGAGGCAAGCAGUGAGCCUUGAGUAGGGGGUCUGGCUGCGGGCAGGGAAGUGAGGAGGUGAGCGAUGAGCCACCCAGUGAGCGGGAAUUCUCGCAGUGGGUAGGGAGGUGUCUGUGGCAGGGGAGUGAGGAGUCGAGCAGCGGUGAGGGAGUGAGGAGAGAGACAGCAGGUGAGUAGGGGGUGAGGAGAUGAGAGGCGGGCAGAUGGGCAGCUGGUAGAGCCCCCCUUUGGUGAGGCUAGCCCCCAACUGCACCCCUUCUGCCUGUGCUCCCACCUCUGGCAGCUGGAUCCGUGAGACCUCCUGCGCCUGGAGCCACAAGCCCCCUGCCCAGAGAAGCCCCGAGCACCCCUCCUCCCAUGGCUGGAGGAGCCCUGGGCUGGCUGAAGCCCUAAGACUCACCCCCCCCACACCUUCCCAGAGCAUCCCCGCCCCCUUGUCCAGAGGAGCUCUGGGUUGGCCAAAACCUCGAGUCCUCCACCUGCGUGGAGGAGCCCUGGGCCAGCCACAGCCGUGCCUCCCUUCUCCUCCCCUCCCCAGACCCAAGCCAUCCAGAUAUGUUUUUCAUUAUUAUUUGGAUUUCUAUUAUGUAAAAGCAUUUUUAAAUUUACUUCAGAAUUGUUAUACAGACAACCACUUUUACCAAAAAAGCAAAAGAAACACUAAUAAAAAAGACAAGAACCUGCAAAGCACCUUAUUUGCAUUUCUACUCUGUUAGGUCUGGUAAAGAAUAGAGAUAACUGUGCAUGAAAACAUUACAUAAAUAACCCCCUGAAAACAUAACAUAAAAAAAUUACAGUGUUUGGAUGUAUAUAUGUGCAUAUUACUUUAUUAACUUUAGGAAAAAUAAAUAAUUUAGGAAAAAGUGGAAGUGUGACCACCAGCAGAAGUUGGUGGCCACAGUCUGAGGCCACCAAAAAAUUUGUUGCGAGAACCCCUGGACUAGGGGCUGCCUAAAGUUCAAAUCUGAUGACUGUUAACAGAAGCAUCCUGGCUGUUCCCAGCUAUUAGGAAAAAGUUGGUCUCUUAAGUAGCUAGGAACCAGCUCAUCUAGUGUUUUCUAGAUGAAACUUUAUGUCCAGUUUUUGAGAUAUGGAAAAAUCCAUGGGUAAGUGAAACACACUUGCACCCACAUUCUCCCUGCGCCUUCUCUCUUGCUGCCUUCCCCACACAUCUGUACAGGUUACAGGGUGAAGACGUGGGGAAAACGUCGUUCCCUUCCACCUCAUGACUUUGCACAAGGGUUGGCUACAUUCCUGAUAGGGGAAUGUACAGGAGCUGUGCUAGGUAGAGAUGCUAGUAGGGUUAGCCACCUCAAAGUGGGAGAGGGCAUGGCCAUGGACUUGAGCCAGAACAGACGGCUGCAUACUGCACCCUUUGAAAUGUUGGUGGGAGCUCCUGAUCCAGUCUUUGAUCCUCAUAGCAUUCCCUGAGAAAACUUGCUGAGUCAGAUGUGAUCCCUCUAGUGGCUUCUACUUCUGUGCAGCACCUCUAUUUCUGCCCUACAAAAAAGUGUUCUGUGGCUUAAAAUGCUAAUCUCUUCAAGAUAUUAAAAUACUGUAAUUACCAUUUAAUACAGCAUACCAGGCAUUUAAUACCAGAUCUAUUUCAGUGUCUCUAAUUUUGUUUUUGUUUGCCUGGACACAACUCCCGUGCUUGGUAUCCCCAAAUAUGUAAGGCAUAUGAGUAAUCCCAUUUUUCAAAAUGGGUUGUAUAUUUCUCCCAACUUUGGUCAAGUCAAAUCAAUCCUACACAUUAAUAAAAAAUGGUCUUAGUUAAUAAAGGUAAAUAGCACUCUCUGCAACAGCAAUACGGCACAGUUUAUUAUCUUUUAAUUUUGUUUUGAACUUGUUUAUCCUAAAUACUUAUGCAUGCUUAUUUGUG